CUCUCGCUCUCGUCACCACAAUCGUACGAGCCCUCAUAGUAGUCGUCUACACGACACGUGCCUCUGACAUUACUUUGAGGUGACGUGUCGUCCGUACUGUGUCCGAGAUGGCUGGCCUGAAGCUGUACUCGGUCAGUGACAGUCCCCCGUCGACGGCUGUCAAGAUGGCGCUCGAGGCUCUAGCACUCGAGUACACCAACAUGGAGGUGGACUUCGCAGCCGGAGAGCACCUCAGCGAAGAGUUUUCCAAGAAAAACCCGCAACGAGAAAUUCCUUGCCUGGACGAUAACGGUUUUUUCCUAAGUGAAAGCAUCGCCAUCCUGCAGUACCUGGCUGACAAGUACGGCCCCGGACACAGCAUUUACCCGCGGGAUCCGCAGCAGAGGGCCCUGGUCAACCACAGGCUCGCCUUCAACGUUUCCACGUACUACGCUCGAAUAGCAGAAUAUGCGGUGGCACCGAUAUUCUUUGAUUACAAGAGGACUCCCGAGGCUCUUAAAAAACUGAAGAUAGCUCUGAACGUCUUAAACACCAUCUUAGAAAGACAGGGAACCAAAUUUGCAGCAGGAGAGCACGUGACUCUGGCGGAUCUGUCGCUGGUGGCUGCGACCAUGUGCCUGGAGGCGGUGGAGUUCGAGUUGUCGCUGUGGCCGAGAGUCCUGCGGUGGUACGCAGACUUCAAGCAGGCGGCGCCACGCCUCUGGGCGAUCGCAGAGCCCGCCAUGCUGGAGCUGCGGACCUUCAGCAAGAGCCCGCCGGACCUGUCGUCGCUGCAGCACCCAUACCACCCCGUCAGGGCCAGCAAGUAGCGCGUCGUUGCGUCCCCGUGUCCCGAGCCUGCACCACGAGUUCCUUCUGAUUUUCUCUGCAGUUUCCUAUGUUUUUGUAAUAGUGUUCAGAUGAAAACAAUAAACGGGAAAAUUCUUGUGUUUGUCGAUAGCUUCA